UCGUUGGGGUUUUCGUUAGUCGCGGGUUUACCGGCCGAGGAAACAGGUGUAUAAAACCGAAGAAAACAAUACGACGAUAAGAUCGUUGGUUUUGCGGUGAAUGCGUUUAACGGUGGAUCUUCGCCUGCACCCCUGCAAUCCACGAGAUACAAACGGUUAAAGAUACAUAGAAUGGCUUCCAGCAACAGCAACAGUACCACCGAUCUGGACGGUCAGGUCAAUGUUGAGGAUUUGCCUAUAACGUUCAAGGUGAAAUAUAUUGGCUCCGAGGUGGCACGCGGCCUGUGGGGCAUCAAGUACACCCGCCGACCGGUGGACAUAAUGGUGGGCGUGGCCAAGAACCUGCCGCCCAACAAGGUGCUGCCUAAUUGCGAACUUAAGGUCUCCACCGAGGGCGUUCAGCUGGAGAUCAUUGCGCCCAAGGCGAGCAUCAAUCACUGGAGCUACCCGAUCGAUACGAUCUCGUACGGGGUUCAGGAUUUGGUCUACACCCGGGUCUUUGCCAUGAUCGUGGUGAAGGAUGAGUCCAGUCCACAUCCCUUUGAAGUCCACGCCUUCGUCUGCGACAGUCGGGCGAUGGCCCGCAAAUUGACCUUUGCCCUGGCCGCCGCCUUUCAGGAUUAUUCUCGGCGGGUUAAAGAGGCGGCCGGCGAGGAGGAGGGGGGUGAGGGUGCCACGCCCAGCGACUCCAUUACGCCCACGCGCCAAAAGUUCGCCAUCGAUCUGCGAACGCCGGAGGAAAUCCAGGCCGGCGAACUCGAACAGGAAACGGAGGCGUAGUCGAGGAUCCACUGUAGUUCUUCAAUGUGAUGUGUUAGUUACUUAACGUCCAGUGUUCACUGUAUCUGUAAAUUGUAGUUCUCUCACCUGGUAGCUGCCUCAUACAGCUAAUUACCCAAAGCCUAAGUGUUAAUGCGAUUUGUAAACGAUUUUCUAUAAUAAAUUACGAAUAUUGUA